CUCCAGUGAGAGAAAUACUUAGAUUAACAAUUAUGGGUUAAAUACUUAAAUCAGAGUUAGCUGAUAAGAAACCAAGCAAACAGCCAACAGUUUCAUAAUUAAAAAACAGAAAAUGUAAAUGAGGACAAACAGGAUACCUGGGACUGGUAGAGGUGUUUAAUAAUAAUGGGUAGAGUUCAAAUUUGAAGUAAAGGAGCACAAAGAGAAACAAAAAGUGAUGAAAUUAAGAUGAGUGAGCAGCAGAGUGAAGGGAAUGCAGGAGGAUAUGUGGCAGAGUAAAUGACUGGUUUAGUUUUUAAAAGCUCCACAAAACUUGUUGAAAUGACUGGUCCUCAAUGUAGCAGUAUUCAUAGGUGUGUUUUUGGGAGUGCAGUGGAUUAUAGGGAUUCUGAAAUCAUGAGGUGAUUCAUAUUCAUAUUACUCUUUCUUUCCCUCCAUCCCCACCUACCUCACAUACACAUAAAUAGAUAACAUGUUGAAAAAAUCCAAGGGCCUGAAACUUAAUCCUCAAUACCUUGGAUGACUGGCCAUUUGGAGAGGUAUUUAGGUCAUGAGGGUUCUACCUUCAUGAAUAAAUUAAUAUGACAUGUAUGAUGAAGUUUUAUGUCAACUUGACACAAUUCAAAGUCAUCUGAGAGAAUGAAUCCUCAAUUAAGAAAUUGCUUCCAUGAGAUUGGACUUAUACACAACCUAUAAGCCUGUAAGGCAUUUCCUUAAUCAGUGAUUGAUGGGGGAGGGCCCAGCCCAUUGUGGGUUGCGCCACCCCUGGGCUGGUGCUCCUGGAUUCUAUUAGAAAGCAGGCUGAGCAAGCCAGAGGGAGCAAGUCAAUAAGCAGUGCUCAUCCAUGGUCUUUGUAACAUCUCCUGCCUCCAGGAUCCUGCCCUGUUUGAGUUCCUGCCCUAAAUGCCUUUGAUGAAGAAUUGUUAAAUGGAACUGUGAUAGAAAUAAACCCUUUCCUCUCCAAAUUGUUUUGGUUAUGGUGUUUCAUAACAGCACUAGUAAACCUAAGACAACUACCAAAGUGCGUUCAGAAAUGGGUUCACUCUCUUGUCUCUUUGCCUUCCACUAUGUGAGAAUAAGGCAAGAAAGCACUCAUCAGAUGCCAUCACUAAUGGACUUACUGGCCUCAAAAACUAUGAUGAAAUGUAUUUCUGUUCUUAAGGAAUUACAUAGUCUUGAGUAUUCUGCUAUAGCAGUAUAAACAGACUGAGACUAUGAGUAAAUAAAGAUAAUGAGGGGUAGAGGGAGGGCAUGGUAGUCAUGUUCUGCAGAGCAUAGGGAUGACAGUAAACACAGUAGAGAAGACAGAACCAUUCAGCAGAGGAGUAACGAGGCACUGAGCAUCAGAGUGAAUAGAAAAGGAGGCAGACUUGUGGUAAAGUAGGAUCAGCAUGGUUAAAACAAGGUAGGACAGAAUUAAAGAAUGUAGAGAAAUGUGGGCCUACUGUGUGGACUAGUAUCCAAGUUCUGUAUAUCUUUUGUGUAUACCCAAUCCUCUUCCUGUAUCUUUCUGAUAUUUCUGAGUUUCUACCUGUCUUCUCCCUUUAUUUUUGUGUAUAUGUUAAUGAUUUUCUUUCUUUUGUGUCUCGUGGUCUUUAACAGAGUUGGCAUUAGGGAAAGUGGUACAGUCCCCAGCCCUCUACCUUCUGUGUUCUAGAAUCUAUAGUUCAGACUAGAGAUCAUAGAGCCCAGAGUUCCAGAAUGUCCAUACUUUUGAUUCAUCACAGGAUGAGUUUGAGUAAAGGAAUCAGAUAGAAGGGAUUUUGGGUGUCAUGCAGGCCUGGGGCACUUUGGUAGUGACCUUGGCCACACUGAUGGUUGUCACUGUGGAUGCCAAGAUUUAUGAACGCUGUGAGCUGGCAAAGAAGCUGGAGAAGGCUGGCCUCAAUGGUUUCAAAGGCUACACUGUUGGAGACUGGCUGUGCGUAGCACACUAUGAAAGUGGCUUCGAUACCUCCUUUGUGGACCACAAUCCGGAUGGCAGCAGUGAAUAUGGAAUUUUCCAGUUGAACUCUGCGUGGUGGUGUAACAAUGGUGUCACACCCACUCAGAACCUCUGCCACAUGAAUUGUAAUGACCUGCUCAACCGCCAUAUUCUGGAUGACAUUAUGUGUGCCAAGCGGGUUGUAUCCUUACACAAGAGUAUGAAGGCCUGGGAUUCUUGGAGCCGGCACUGUUCUGGUCAUGAUUUAUCUGAAUGGCUCAAGGGUUGUGAUAUACAUCUGAAAACUGACCCACACAAUACUGAUUGGUGACUCAGAUUUCAUAAAGAUAGAAAUUUCACUUUUUUCUUUUGUGGGUUUAGUAAAAGAAGGCAUCUAUAAAUAA